UUUCUGAACUCCUACCUGGCUGGUUCGGUCUAACACUUGGUUCUGUAUUUACCAGGUUUAGUUAUUAGUUUUCGAUCUGAAUAACAGCAUUAAGAUGGGAUGUACUUCCGGUUGCGUUAAGUGUUUUCUCAACACUCUUAACACACUGAAUGCGCUUUCGGGUCUGUCGCUGAUAGCCAUUGCCACAAUAGCCCUCUCCAAGGCCCCCCUUGCGUACAUCGUGUUCCUAUACGGACUGGGCGGCAUUAUCUUUGUCUCGGCUAUUCUGGGGUGCUGUGGAAUCUGCCAGGAGAAUGUGUGCAUGACCGCAACGUACGGCUUCCUACUGUUGGCUCAAUUGAUUAUCAGCUUGCUGGGCAUCUUCGGCUUCAAGUUCAGCGAGACUUACAUAGAGAAGUACGCCGCUGACGAGGUUCAGAUGAAAUGGAACCAGGAGUUGGUGGAGCCCGGCGCAAUGGACAUUUACCAGUCAGUGUAUGAGUGCUGUGGGCGGGACAGCCCUGACGAUUAUGUAGCCAUUGGUCGUCAAACCCUACCAUCCAGCUGCUAUCCCCAGGCAGACACCCAGAAGCCCCAUUACCUUGCUGGAUGUGUCCAGAAGUCCAGCCAGAACUUUGUGGCGCUCUUCAGCUACGCUCAUGACACCAACUGGAUUGCGGUGGGAAUAACCGCUCUGAUGGUAAUUGCUGCCUUCUAUUUGGUCGGACGAUUCCGUAAGCAGCGCAUUCGCUACAACUACUAAGGAUAUAUAUUAUUUAAAUUGGUAGUUUGCUUAACCGCAAAGAUGAAAGCAUUUGGCUUUCAAAAGUAACUUUUAUACAAAUCUUGUGCAUACUUUUUCAGAGUUCAGAAGACUUUGGUUUAUUGUAAAAAUUAAAUAAAUUAAAAAAUGACUUUUGGCCAUACAGAA